UAAAUUUGGCCGUAUUCUUCGAGUAGGUAUCAGUUAGCUUUGUGGCAAACUGUCCAAGAUGUUCAGCAAAACUUUAAUUUUCGUGCUUCUGGGCUGCGCUAUAGCGCUCUUACAGAGCUCAUCUGCUGCCAAAGUCCAAUCCAAGUUACGGGUUCGCCGAGAACCCCAUGGCGAAAAGGUAGCUGCCUGGUGGCACAAUCUCGAAAACAAAGUAUCCAACUUUGGCAAGAAAGUGAAGGACAAGUUCACCAGUUGGUGGGAUAAAAUCACUGGCAAAUCCGCAUCCAAAGCCAAACAGGAAGAGUUACUCAGAUUACAGCGAGAAUACGAAGCCCUGAGAGAGGAAAGCGAGCGCGCUGUUCAAGCCAAGAAAGAGGCUUGGCAAAAAGUCUUGGAGGAGAACGAGAGGAAGCUGGCCGAGCUCAAGGCUAAGGCUAAUACCGAGGUUGAGGGAGAGAUCUCUACCUGGAACAACAAGUUUGAUCGAUUACAAGAAAAAACUGAUAGCGUCAUUAAAUCUUGAAAAUCACAAGACUAUCACUUUAGAUUAACUUUAGAACUAAUACCAUUGUAAAGAUUUUUUAUAAUUGUGUAACCUUUGAUUAUGAAACAAUGUUCAAUAAUAGAUAAGGCAUUAUUUAUGAGAAUUCAAACAACAACUCCACGCACCUGUUAUAUUAUCUUAGAGCUUCGAUUACCGAGUACCGGGAUUCGAGAUAAAAAAUUUCCUCAAUCUUUCUCAGAACGUACUGCACUAUACAAAUGAUAAUUAAUGACGAUUAUUGCCUAUCAUCCUAGCGAUCGAUGCACAAACCAUAUUUUCUGCGUAAAUAUAUCGACGGAUAACAAAUGCAGAUAACGAACUGAUUCAUAUAAAAGGGAUUCUUCCAGGAGAUUUCAGUAAGACUGGCCUCUAUUACAAUGGCUGGUCAAACCUUAACUUUUUUCGCAUUAUUAUGCGUUCUCUUCGUGACUUUAAUGUUUGUGAUUUACGCCGAAGCUGAGUGUCGCUGGACAGGAUGUCACGUUCAUUCGGCAGGCGACUGGUGUGACAUCUUCGGACCAGGAUGGAAGCUCGUCAAAUGGCAACGUUGCAACGGAAUUUUUGGCAAGCAAGAGUACUGCUGUAACUGAGACUUUGUCGUCACGCAUUCUUCCGGAAACCGGAGCACCGCUGUAAACGAAGCAAAAUCUAUUUUUAUGAUUGGAAUGUAAUGUGAUAUUCGACGAGAAAAUAACCGCUACAACUGGAGUAUUAAACAUUGAUUUCAAACCUACCAAAAUACUUGUACCUAACAUUGAUGAUAAAAUAAAGCAAUGAAAAUAGAAA